GUGUGGGUUACCGCAGUAGGCCAAAAAUAUUUGCUGGAGAGCAGCUAGGACCCCUGCUACUUUACAAAACGCUGAGACAUACUCUUGCUACGCUGCGACAUCCUCUCGCUAUUCGGUAUAACCUAGGUAAGAAUUAAGUACCAUUGGCACCUCGUCAUGGUGUCGAAAGUUGCAUGGAUACUGUGCAUCUAUAUCUCCGGCUAUUGUCAAUCGUCACGUGCUAUCGCGAGGGAACCGGCUGGGCGGGUGCUGCUUUUCGUAACCACGCACCUGACCCCAUUACACCUACGAUUCCUUGAGAAGUGCUGGCCAUCGGCAACGCGCGCCUCGCCGUUCAUUCAGAGCGCCGAUGUGCUCGUCUUCGUGACCGGUGAACUCGACGACGCCAAGCGACGCGUUCUGGACAUCGCAUUCCCACCCUGGACGAAUAGGUCGAUCAUCCAUACGACAUUGCCGAACGCUGGUUACAACCGGGGCGCAAUGGAUGCGCUCGCGCAGGCGGAUGCACACGGCUGGUUUUGGAACUACGAUUGGGUCGUGCGCCUCAAUGCAGACGUUAUUAUUCGUGAUGAUCGCUUCCUGUCUGCCAUUGUGGCGCGACACGACGUCGAUGCCGUCUUCGUGGACUGUUACGCCGGGCAGCGGCCGGACAAAGUGCACGUACAGACAGACUUCAUCAUGUUCCGUCCAAACAAGGUUGCACGGGGGAGCUUUCGUAUCCCCAAAAAAUGGAGCCCGGUGUACUGCGGGGAACAGCGGGAAUAUUGGACAUUGCAAAAAGAUAUGUCUGUGUGUGAACCAGAGCACGUCGCGUCGCAUGCGCUCGAGAGUAUCAUUCGGAGCAAGCGCUGGGCACUUCUUCCUGGCGUUCGCAUUUUGGUACCCCAUUGUCGAGUGAGAGGUGAGACGUCGCCAGUGGUCCAUGACCACGCAUACGUUGACCAAUGUGCCAGCAAUGCUGGCAGUCCUCAUGAUGUUGCCAGUGCCGUUGCUGCUGAUGUUCUUCAGUGCAACGAAUGGCGCAUGAUGCACAAGGCUAUGCCUGGAACUGCCUUGGAUGCGCUUCCAGCAGGCCUACGAAAGAAUUGGACAGCCCGGAACUGCGAUGGUCUGAUGCACGCGCCUGAGAAUCCAGGGAAGAAUGGCCGCAAACGGCGGCGGCGAAGAUACUGAGCCUUCUGCCAGUGCGCUUCGACUUUCUUGUGUAAUGCAGCAUCGUCUAUCUGCGUCUUCUAUGAUGCCAUGCUUAUAUAGAUCAUCAGCAUAAUCAUGUAAGAAUUUU